AUGUCCGACGCUGAAAAAUUAGUCGAAGCUGGUCUAAAAUACAACGAUGAACCCCUUAUUCUCCGUCCCAAAGUUGGUGGAGACAUAUUGGGGUCCCGUGAAACCGGGCGUACAUGUUGGCCACGCAGUUUUAUCUUGCGUCUAAUGCUUAUUUGCGUCCUCCUGGCCACAAUCGCCGGCUUUAUUCUCAUAAUAUUCACACUUCAUCAUUCUGGAACCUGGCCAUGGAAUCACUUUAAUCGACGCUACGCAUCAGCGAUGGGCUCCUGUCGUGUACUUACGCCAUUUCCUGGAAUAGGAAUGCAAGAACGUUUCUUAUACGAGCCAAAUGCAAUCACAAUCACUCAUGGAUCGGUGGCUGGAUUUCCCCCUGUGACAAGCUUUCAUCUUCUGAAAGAAGCCAUGAGUGUCAUGCGUACUCACGGAAUCUGCUAUGUCUAUCCUCUCGACUCAGACAUCGCUGAGGCUGUUCCAAUGGAUGAUUCUGUUGUUGAACGCAUUAAAGAAGCUAGCGAGCCUUCAAUGACCCAAAUCAAAUCUCCAUUCGGAGUCCGAGUUUUCAUGGUUUCUCCAAAUUCAAACUAUAACGUCAAGAUUGAGCAUCCAGCAGCUGCUGCUAACUGCUCUAAUGUUCCAAUCCUCCGUUUAAUCGAAAUGGUUCUUUCACAAACUGAUGACCAACCUGAUUUUGUGAGUCUAGCUAUAUCUGUCUGUAUGUUGCCUUCUUGUGGGUCUCGUGACCAAGACAUUCGUUACUUUUUGGACAACCGGGAGGGCUUAGUCCAGAGCACAGAAUCGACUGCCUUCCCUUCCAUACCUUGCCCGAAUGAGUGCACCUGGGGUGGAAGUCGUGCUGACCCUCUGCGUCAGGUGUGCCGUUGUCCUCCUAAAGACAAUCCGCCUUCAAUUCGCCUUUUCCCGUCCCUUCAACAAAAAGAGCCCGAACCUGAGCCUGAAACGAAAGACGACAAUGGUGGUGUGAUACAGGCCUACCCCCCACUCCCCUCUCCAUCCAAUGAUAACCAAUUUCAAGUAGAUGAUAAUGAGGAAGCAGUUGUAUUUCCCGAUAGUAAUGAACCAGCUAAUCUUGAUACGGAGACCUCAGAGAAGGAUAAAUUUGACAUGGCUGAUGUGAGUGAUGAAGACGACGAGGAGGAGGAGGAGGAGGAGGAGGAGGAAGAGAUUGAUAAUGAUCAGGAUGAUCUCGAUGAUGAAUUCGGUAAGUAA